CGAAAUCCGACUAUAUAACGGUCCUCUGGAUCAUGAUUGAAUCAGUAUCGUAAUCUAACUCAUCUCAGGUUAACACCUGUGCAUCGUCUUUGACAAUCUAAAGAAGUUCAAUCCAAACCAAAACAACCAAUCAUGAAACUGUUCGUCGCUUUCGCCUUCGCCGUUGUCGCCGUUUCCGCUGCUCCUCAAGUUCGUCAUGAAGACGUACUGGUCCUCAAGGAGACACCCUCUGACAAUAUUGGCUUGGGCAGUUACAACUAUGGCUACGAACUUUCCAAUGGACAAGCUCAUCAGGAAUCCGCCGAAUUGGUUAACGUAGGAACCGAAAACGAAUCUUUGGCUGUUCGUGGAAGCUUCAGCUGGGUAGACCCACAAACCAACGUGAAAUACACCGUCAACUACGUGGCCGAUGAGAAUGGAUUCCAGCCACAGGGCGAACAUAUCCCUGCUUGAGCUGUACCUUAUCCUUAGUUUUAAAUAAAUUUUUGAUUUAAA